CUUGCCUUGCUUUUGAUCGUACGACAACAGCGUCUGAACAUUCUUGCUGCUGUUUGGGCGGAUCAUCCCCUUUUCCUGAACCUAGGAACCGACGAGGCGGUCGAGCAAACUCAUUCAAGCAAGGUUGACACCACAGUACUAGUCAUCGGUAAGGUACAUACUUUCAGCCCACCAUGGCUAAUGAUGAAUCCGAUGCUCUUGAUGUGCUUGAAAAGGAAGCCAAAGAAUAUGACAAGGAUGCUGAGAUAGAUCGAAUCCUCAAAGCAUUUAAACUCGAUGCCUAUGCAGUACUUGAUCUACAGCCUGGUGUGCCUGAAUCCGACAUCAAGAUUGUUUAUCGCAAAAAGUCCCUGCUAAUCCAUCCCGACAAAACCAAAAAUCCCCAAGCACCCGAAGCCUUUGAUCGAUUGAAGAAAGCACAAACCACCCUGGUUGAUGAGAAACAGCGUCAGCAUCUUGACGAAUGUAUAGCAGAUGCCAGACAAUUGCUCAUUCGACAGCACAAGUACACGGUUGAUUCGGAAGAGUUGAAGACAGAAGAGUUCAAGCAGGAAUGGAGAAAGAAGACUGUUGAAGUGCUGGUAGAGGCUGAAGCCCGACGCCGGAGACAGAUGAAGGCCAAGAUGCAAGAAGAAGGUCGAGAGCAGGCCAAGGAGGAUGCCGAGAUCGAGGAGCGAAAACGGAAGCGUGACCAUGAGAAGCAAUGGGAGCAAACAAGAGACCAACGGAUAGGAAGUUGGCGGGACUUCCAGCAAGGAAAAAAGAAGGGAGAUGAACAGAAGAAGAAAAAGAAAUUGAAGGUAUUGGGGUGAUUGCGGCGCGGUGUUGUGAGGGCCGGUAAGGAAUAAACGGGCGUUCAAUGAAGCAAACAAGGCUAUGGGAGAUAGAUUUCAAUGAAUGGACAUGACAAGACGAAGUGGAAGCCAUGAAAGAAACAGUAUAACA